CUGAGCUUGAACACAAGACAAAGGCUCACGUGGAUCGACACACGCAAAGUUUUUUUCUUCACUUUGGAUACCGAAAACAGUUUAGUCGUCUGUCCAGCUAAAAGACAUUCGUGUCUUAGAAACAUUUCGAGCAAUGUCGCGAUUAUUUUAAUUCGUAUUUUACAAAGUGCGCAAUUUGAUCCGAUUUUUUGGAACGGAAGCGGCCUCGUGAACCUGACGUCACCGUGUCAUAUGGUAAACAACAUGGCCGCUCGCACAGUUUUCACCCUUAGCUGAUGCUAGCCAUGUAGCUGAAUGUAAAUAGAUGAUACUGGGAAGGCUGCAGACAGAUCUCUGGCUUCUCUUCGCGAUUGAUAAGUAAAAUAUUAAGAAACGGGGUUUUAAAAGAGGUCUGACUCGGUGAGGUUAGCAUCGACAGCCCGGCGUUGCUGCUGGUAGCUCUGCCUUAUUGACAACAAGCCUGGUCUUCACAGACACACAGGCAGGUUAUAUUCAACCAGAGAGGCCAGAUUCCUCAGCGUUUCCCAUUCAAGUAAAGCGAUGGCUUCCUCUUUCGUGGUCGGGGAUAAAUUUCGGACCCUGGUGGCAGAGCUGCUGGAGAAGUCUGACUCGUCUGUGCCACAGGAGCUGCGACAGGACCUGCAGCUGCUUCUCGAAAAGUCAGAGCCAUCAACUCUGUCCUUCAGGCUGGCGAGGAAACUCAAGAAAUACCUGCAGGAUGAGGGACAUCCCUUCUACCUGCACGAGCUGCUGGAGGACAGCUCACUGCACCUGCCUGAGGUCGUGAAGCCCCCUAGGAACCCUGAGCUGGUGGCGCGUCUGGAGAAGAUCAAAGCUAAACUAGCCAAUGAGGAAUACAACAGGAUCACACGUAAUGUCAACACUCAGCAAAUGAACCGGAAUGGGACACUGGCGGAUUUUGGAAGGCAAGUGCGAUCCGUCAAAGCUGCUGUCAUGACUGUAUUUAACUUCCUGGUGACGGUGGUUGCCACAUUCGCCUGUGCCUACAUGGGCAGCCAGUACCUGUUCACUGAGACUACAGCGAGAGUGAUAUCUGCUGUGAUCGCUGCGUCUGUAGUCGGACUGGCUGAGCUUUACGUGCUGGUGCGGACCAUGGAGGGAGAACUCGGGGAACCGUAGCACCGUGGAAAAGGAACAAGGGAAACACAGCAGCCAUGGAAGAAGAACCAGGGAACUGCAGAACUUUGGGAAAUACCAUGGAAGCCUUCUCCGGUCUUCUUCAUUAAUAUAAAUCCCACUUUACCUGAAUACUUUGUGGACUCUCUGCUUUCUACUUGAAAGAAACAACGCACACUUUCAGGGUCAGAUUCAAGUUACUGAGGAGGCCGUUCAGCUCGGUGUUUGAAGCAAAUGGAAGCUCGAACGCCAUGAAGUGAAAACUGUUCUGUUUGUGUCAUCCUGUCAUUGUUCAUUACUACGGCUUGAUUAAUUUUCACUUUGUUCGGUUUGUAAUCAAAACGUUAAGUGAUAUUCUUAUUUAAUAACAGUUCUUUUACUUUUUGAUUCACUUUUUGUCCAAUAGAAUUAUUUCCGUCAUGUAUUCUCCUUUUUGUUUUUGUUUGGUAACGUCACGCUGUCCCGUGAAAAUAAAUCUAGAGGUUCAGAUGGC